CCUCUCAACAUGAAGCCAACAAUUAGUCAAUUGUUUCAUCAAUACUUUGAACUUACAAUCGCCGUUCUUUUGGCCUGUUUGUUUGGCACUAUUGGAGUUGCAAGUGAAUGUGACGAUCUAAAGAUCCGUCGUAAUUUCUUGUCUCUUUCGAAAUCAGAAUGGUCUGAAUAUAUUCGGGUUUUUCGUCAAAUGUAUUCUAAAGGGAUUUUCGAUCAAUUAGCCGCGAUUCAUGCCGACAAUUUCGUUACGAUUCACGUACCCCAAUUCUUGGUUUGGCAUCGAUAUUUUCUCUGGGACUUUGAGAAACAAAUGCGAACAAUUAAUCCAGAAUUAACUCUACCAUAUUGGGAUGGUGCUGCCGAUUUCAUUGCUCCUCAUCGUUCUGAAGUUUUCCUAGCCGAAGCUUUCGGUGGUAAUGGUGAUCCCGCCGCUGGUUAUUGUCUCACCAACGGCUUCCUUUCUGCCAUCAAAAUCAAUUAUCCUCAACGUGCCUGUUUGAAACGUGACUUUCAGGGGAACGGUGGUGACACUAUUCAAUCUUGGCAUUCACCCGCUUUCAUCACUUCACUCAUUCAAACUUCAUCAACAUUUGAUGAUUUCAGAGCAAAUAUUGAGCAUACACUUCACAAUUCCAUCCACUACGGUGUCGGUGGUAAUUAUGGUGACUUUAGUAAACAUUAUUCACCUGUAGAUGCUUUGUUUUUCGUUCAUCAUGCUAAUAUUGAUCGGAUUUAUGCUAAAUGGCAACUGUCGCAUCCUCAUCAUUUGGAUGCCAUCGAUGGCAAUCAAUUGACCAGAAGUGGUUAUAUCGAAACAAUUUCACCCAAUUUUCGUCUUGACCAUUACAAUAUUCGUGUUGGUGAUAUACUCAGAACGAUAGAGGAACCCUUAUGUUACACUUACGAUGAUAUAGCCGAUCAAAAGUCCGACCUUUCCAAUAAAGUGGAAAGCCGUUUACGUAAAUUACCGCGACAAUUGUUGAAAAAAUAUUUCCCCAAAUUUUCAGCCACAAAUGAAGAUGAAGAUGACGAGUUAAAUGUUGAUCACGAUUUCCCCAAUACCAGGUCACUUUCAAUGAAUCUUAAUCGUCCUUUACCAAUCCCAUUGGAUUUACCAAUCGAAUGGUUUGAAAAGAUGGGUUUCAAUGUGACCCGUGGCCUCGAAGUUCAACGCAAAGUGCGAACUUUUGUCCAAGAUAUGAAUCACCGAAAAUUUCUAGUUGAACGUAGAAACCUUAAAUUACUACGAUCUAAUUAACCAUCACAAUCAACAAUCAACUCCAAAAAUUAAAUUGAACAAACUCACUUUCAACGUGUCAAUUUCCUUAAAGUAUUAUAAACAAAAACGCAAACCUAAUAAACAAAACUAUCAAUCACAUA